AUGAGCCAUUCGCCGAGCUCUGGUACGCCACCUGUUAUGGAGGUGUGGCUGGAUGAACGGCUCGUGGAGAUUCGUACUAGGGAAGACAUGGAAGCAGCGCUUUCUCAGGUUGAUGAUUCGAGCAAACAGAUCUUGAGCCAAAGCGAACUGGACUGUCAACUCUUCAUUCGAUCCUUGGUUACUGUUGCCGACAUAGCAACCCGGCUCGAGAUCGCGCAGCGGGAGCAAAGUGGGAGCAUUGAGGCCAUACUACUAGCCACGGACGGGAGUAGUAUGACUCGGAAGUGGUAUCCGCCUUCGAUGACAAACGAGGGCGCAACGCAAGAAGUACGGAAGGAGGAGGACCCUAGUAGCGACCUGAACAGAGCACUGGAACAGCUGAAAAAUAACGCCGCCGUUGUACAAACGAAUUUGAGUGAGAGGGUUGAUGUCUUGAUUCAGAGGUCGUCCAACAUCGUGUCAAUCGACGAGGCUUGCAAAGUCAGAGAGCAGAACGCCAGCAUCAAGAGACUAUCAUGGAUUACCAGUUUGUACGGGAUGAAUGUCGACUUGCUUGCAGACAACCCGCAGUGGACCAGCUAUUUCUACAUCGCCGUACCAGUAUUUCUAGCCGUGAUUUUGACCGUGGGUUUCCUAAAGUAUCUCCGAGGUCCACUGAGAGAAUUCAGCGAGAUGUUCUACAACGGUAUACCUACGAUUUCGCGAAUUCAGGGGGGAAAGUCCAAGAUUCCGGAUGAGGAAAACCACAUUUCUUCCGCAACCGCGGAUCCGAGAUAUAAGGGGCCAUUCAUCCAUGCAAUCGGCUCGGGCCAUAGUAGCAUGGUUCACGAUCUCCUAACCGCCGAAGCUGUGGACAUUAAUUGGAACGAUGGGAAAAUGGCGGCAUUGCAAUAUGCAGCAGGCUUUGGAGACGGUGCAAUGGUCGAGCAGCUUUUAGCGAUGGGCGCCGAUGUACAUGCCAACCCACAGCCGAACGGUGGAAGAACGGCUCUUCAGGCAGCAUCGGAAGGAGGGCAUCUUGCAAUCGUGAAACGGCUCUUGGAGAAGGGGGCCAAUGUCAAUGCAGCACCUGCAAAAUCCGAAGGACGAACAGCCCUGCAGGCGGCAUCGGAAGGAGGCCAUAUUGCAAUAGUAGAGCGGCUCUUGGAGAGAACGGCGGAUGUCAAUGCGGCCCCUGCAAGAUACGGAAGAACGGCCCUCCAAGCAGCAGCUGAUGGGGGGCACCUCAUAGUAGUGGAACGGCUAUUGGCGAUGGGGGCCCGUGUCAACGCAGCACCGGCAGGAUGUAGAGGAAGAACAGCCCUACAAGCAGCAUCGCAAGGAGGCAACCAUGCCGUAGUGGAACUGCUCUUGGAUAAUGGAGCCAGUGUUAACGUGGCGCCAGCUGAAAUCGAAGGACGAACAGCCCUACAAGCAGCUUCGGAAGGAGGCCAUCUUGCGGUAGUGGAACAGCUCUUAUUGAAGGGAGCUCAUAUCAAUGCAGCACCAGCACGAUCCGAAGGGCGAACAGCGUUACAAGCAGCAUCGGAAAGAGGCCACCUUUCAGUAAUUAAGCGGCUCUUGGAGAAUGGGGCCGAUGUCAACGCAACACCAGCCGAUCGAAAAGGAAGAACAGCACUACAAGCGGCCUCGCAAGGAAAUCACCUCUUGGAGAAGGGGGCGCAUGUCAACGCGGAGCCAGCAAAAUCAGAAGGACGAACAGCCCUACAGGCUGCAUCGGAAAAAGGCGAUCUCGCCAUAGUGGAGCGGCUGCUGGAGACAGGAGCGGAUGUCAACGCAGCGGCGGCAGAAUGGUCGGGAAGAACCGCCCUACAAGCAGCAUCCGAAAGAGGCAACCUUUUCAUUGUAAAGAGACUCUUGGAGAAUGAGGGAGAUUCCAACGCCGCACCAGUAAAACUCGGAGGACCUGCACUACAAGCAGCAUCGGAACGAGGCCAUCUUGCUGUAGUGAAAAGACUCUCGGAGAAGGGGGCAUAUGUCAACGCAGCACCUGGAGAAUGUAAAGAGGGAACAGCCCUACAGGCUGCGUCGGAAGGAGGCCACCAUGCAGUAGUUGAACAGCUCCUGGAGAGUGGGGCCAAUACGAAUGCAGCGCCAAUAGAAUGGUCCGGAAGAACAGCUCUCCAAGCAGCAUCGGGCAGAGGCCAUCUUUCGGUGGUGGAGCGACUCUUGGAGAAUGACGCCGAUGUCAAUGCGGCGCCAGCCAGAUUCGACGGAAGAGCAGCCCUACAAGCAGCGUCGGAAGGAGGUCACCUUGAUGUAAUGGAGCAACUCUUGGAGAAGGGGGCCGAUGUCAAUGCCGCACCAGCAGAGUACGGGAGAAAAGCUCUAUAA